CUCUGGGCUUCUGCUGCCUGUCUCAGGAGGAGGAAGGAGUUGGGGCUUGGUUUUUUUUGUAGGUGGGGUGUUUUUCUCCUCCUGUGGUGCGUGUGGGAGGAAGGCAGGCUGAGAGCAGAGGAGAAUUGAGCAUUUCCUCUUCUCCCCAGCCCUGCCUUUGUGCAGGGCAAGGGCCAACUGUUGCUGCCUGAUGAGUGAUUUACAGCCCCAGCUUUGAAAGUGCUGCUGUUUCCUCUCCCCAUCCCUGCUGAGCUGCAGCAGAGGAACCUCAGCCUGUCCCCCGGGACAAAGGCCCUUCUGUGCAGCCCAAAGUCCCUCUGAGGUCACUUCAAAGGGUUUUAAAGGUCCCAGCACGGGAGCAGCGACUGGGGUCCUUCCUGCUUGCCCAGGCAAUAAAUACACUUUGUGGGGGGUUUUUCUGAGCAACGUGACAGAACUCACCACUGGGGUGUCAAAACUCCCCACAGAGGAGCUGAGCAGGGACCUGGUGGCUCCGAGGACCUUGGAGAGGCCACUGAACUCACCCUGCAGCUUUUGCUCUGAGCUCUGUGGCACUGCUUUCCAUCUGAGCAGCUCUGAAGCACAGACCUCACCAGGCUGAACAUCUGUGGUGCAGCUUUAGCUCUCGCUCACCGAGAUGAACUAAAACUCCAGGACCUCCUGAGGGAAGGGAUGGAUUGAGGCUCCCAGCCCAUGUUGGAUGUCCUCCUCCUCUCCAGCAGAAACCAUGGCAGGUGCUUCCUGGGCCUCCAAUGAGACAGUUGCCAGCGGCAGCUCAGAGCUCCGGUUGGAAGCAGAUUCCCAGGAUUUCUUGUUCACUGUCACCUACAGCGUUGUCUUUGUGCUGGGGCUGGUGGGAAACGCCCUGGCCCUGGCCCUGCUGUCCUGCAGAGCGAGGCACACGUCCCACUCCUACAUUUACCUGAUCAACCUGGCCCUGCUGGGCACCCUGUUUGUCUGCGUGCUGCCUUUCAAAAUCCAUUCCCACCUGCACGGGAGCAACUGGACCUUGGGGGCCGCUGCCUGUGGGAUCACGGGGACCCUGUUCCACGUCCACAUCUACCUCAGCAUCGCCUUCUUCGCCUGCCUCUGCGUGGACCGGUACGUGGCCGUGCUGCACCCCUUCGCCUACAUCCAGCUCAGGGCCGGCCACUGCGUGCUGGUGGCCACGGCCCUGUGGGUGGUGGCCCUCGGUGUCACCGUCCCGCUUGUCCUCGCGGGCCCCCUCCACCAGCGGGGCGUGGGGAACACCACGGCCUGCCUGGAGAGCUUCCCCACGAGCAGCUGGACCUGGCGAGAGGCCCCUCACAGCGUCCUGGCCUUGCUGUUGGGGUCCGUGGUGCCAUUUUCCCUCAUCCUGGUGGGAUUCCCGCUCGCGGCCUGCAGGAUCUCCCGCAUGAGGCGCGGCGUGUCCCGGAGGAAGGCCCUGAGCACCAUCUUCAUCAUCCUGGCCAUCUGUGCCCUGUGCUUCCUCCCCUAUCACCUCACCCACCUGCUGCACUUCCUGGGGAGGGUCCAGCUCAUACAGGACGAGUCGUUCUCCAUCCUGAUCCACGGGAUGAGGAGGGUCAGCCUGGCCCUGGUGAGCCUCAGCUGCUGCCUCACCCCGCUCCUCUGCUACCACAGCUCUUCCAGCAAGCAGUGCCACUGCAACUUCAGGCUCAGGUUCAGGUCGAAAAAGGUGUUCACCAUCUGUGACAGGAAUUUCGGGGAGCCCUUCUGUGAUUAUAAACUCCAGCAGAGACGUGGGGGCAAAAAACCCAGCGGUGGAACCAACUGGUUUGCUUCAAACCCAUGUGGCUUCUGAGAACUGCUGAGUUUUCCGCCCCGCGAAACGUGAGACUGUGGAGAGAAUUUUUCAUCUGUGGGUGCUCUGAGGCACCAGAAAACCACAAGCCUGGCUGACAACCCGAGUUUACUUCAGAGGGAUGAGGGUUUUUGGUGUAACAGGUGCAGAGACUUGCUGCUCUGCUCCUUCCCCAGGCCACCCCAAAACUCUCUGUGUGCUCUUGGGCUCCGGGUACAAGGGCUGUGAGUAGCUGAGAGCAGCAGGGACACUGUCAGGGGCUUUGGUUAACAGGACAAUGUGCUAAAUCAGUAUUUUAGCUUCCAAAUGCAGCCUAAAAUUCCUGUUGUAACCUGGCACAUGCCCAGGUUCUGCUGGACUUGGAACAAGAACUGCCCUGGGCCUGGAGGGAGAGAGCAGGAUUAUUGUGGCAGAAGGCUUUGGGGGAAUCAAUGACAGUGGUUCUCUGUUUAUUAAUUUCUCUUUACUCAACAGUGGAUGGUGCAGCUUCUGCCCAAAUUCAGCCACAGUUUUGCUUUUAGCUUGGAGGAAAUUUUAAAUACUGGUGAGAAAAAUCUGCUCAAACUUUUCUAAAACAAGGAAAACAAUUCCUGUGCUGUGUGGCCUUGGGGAGCCAAGUGCAAACCCCAGCACUGUGGAGGCAGGGGAGGCUCAGAGGGAGCAUUAGCACAAAUUAAUCCUUCACCUUUCAUGAGCCAUUGCUAUUUUUGUCCCAUUUACAGACUAUGGAAAAUCCUCCCAGCACUGGAGGGGGACUGUUCUUAUCAACUAAGCACAAUCUUUAUGCCCUGCAUAAAGGAAGAAAAAUGUUAUUAGAGGCUCCAUGCAGGAGAGCAGCUUUCCUGGAGGCUUCUCAGCUGUCCCUGAGGGAAGGAGGGAGAAUUAAAUAAGUUUAGCAGCUUGAUGAUCAGCACAUUUAGGGCUUUAUUCUUUUACCUCCAUUAUCCUUUGCAUUUUAAUUGUUUCACUCAGCACUGCUGAGAUUUUUAAGGGCACUGAGCUGCAGGGGGGAGGAACUCUGAGUGACUUUUGCUUUACUGUGUAAGCAACUCAAAGCUUGUUCCUCAGGACUGUUUAAAAACAGGUUGUCCCAACUCCCUGCACGGGUUUCCAAGGGGGAAGAUCACAGUGCUGGUGACAGGCAGGCACUGGCACUGCAGUAACUGGACAAACACUGUAAUUCUUUUAUUAAAACAAACCAGGAAAAACCCAUUGGCAAGGUAAACAAAAUAAAAUCUCCAUCUCUGUAACCCCCUGUGCUCUGCCCUGCUCUCAGGAUGUGCUCUGGGGCAGGCCUUUCUUCAGGAGGGAGGUGAGAUAACUGCCCAGCUCUUCAUCCUACAGAGGAGAAAGAGAAAUGGGAUGAAAGCAAAAUCUUCUACUUGCCUGUCCCAUCUGGGGCAGUAAAUUCAACUCUGGUACCCAGAAAUAGGCUGAAACAAUUCUUGGACCCUGCAGGAUCUAAUGUUAGCUGUGUUCAAAAAUGGAAACAGAGCCACAGCUGCCUUUCUGGGUGUUCCUCCCAAAUACUGGUGUAAAACUCCCCUUUCUCAAAGGAGGUGGCUGGACCUGAGGGGUCUCUUUUGAGGAAAAUCGUCACUUUUCUUGAAAGUAAGGAAUAAAGAUCCAUUGACUGUGUUGCUUUGCCCCCAGAAGGCACUUCUUUGCUGUAAAGAAAGAAUUUAAUGACACAGCCAGAGAAAGUGUCCUUUUGAAAGGAAGAAAACAUAAUGAAGAUCUAAUAAAACAGUGUUAAGAUUACACAUAGGCUUCAAGCAAGUAGAAAACUAAGAAAUACAAUGUAAAAUACCUCCACACUCUGCAUGGCAGUAGGGAUACAGCUCAGUGUCCUCAAAACACAGAACUGUAAUAAUUAAUUGUAAUUAACUGUAAUUACUCCAGCUCAGUGGUCCCAGAGAGCUCCUGUAAAGCCAUUUGUACUAAACCCAAAAUGGUCAAGAAAAUGGCAGCAACUCAGCUCAUCCUCCAGUCAAACUCCUUCCAAACCAGAGGGAGGAAGGCUCAACACUUCCAGCCACCUCCAGCCCGGGACAGUUUUGGACUGAAAGGAGUUCAGAGCAGAAAGUCCUGGAGUGUUCCUACCUGGUAAGUCCAGGACACGAGCAGGACUUUGGUUCCCUGAUCCUCUGAGUGUGCUGUGGCCUGGAUAAGGAUGGACUCCACGGUUAUAGAGCCAUCAGGGAGAUGCUGCACGGAAUAAUCCUUCAGGACCCUGGUAAGAGAGGAAAAAAAUGAUUUAUUUGGGAGGGAAAUGCCCCCAGGUGAAGGGUGGGUCACCCCUGCAUCUUUACCCCAAACCCCAGCCUAUGGUUUACUCCUUUUCGCUGUGGCUGAGCCAGCACCUACUCCCCCCAAGGAGUCUCCCGCUUCCCAAAGAAGGGGGAACAGGGAUAACCCACAGCUUGGUGAUUCUGCUGCUUGUAUUAAUCAUGUAGGAUUUCCUACAGAAUUUAUUUCUGGCCUUCAUGACAGUUCUACCCCCAGUUCAUCAGAGCAAAGCCCCGCUCAGGGACCCGCCAGCUGCCUGUAGGUUCUGCUGUUGCCAGCUCAAAGGAGGGGGCACCUGUGCUACCUGGAUUAGGAAUGAUAAACUCAACUGCAUCCCUAGGUGGGGGGGAAAAAAAACCCCUGUGAGUUAAGAAGGGCCUCACCCCUUGAGGUGGUUGUAGACCCGAAGCACCGUCUCGUGCUCCUUGCGCGGGUCCUGGAUGUGGACGCGGCACGUGAAGCGCAGCUGAUGCUCUGCCAGGCCCAGCUCCUUCAGGGCCUGCUCAGGGGAAACCAGCCUGAAACUCUGCAGAGAGAAGGGAUAAAUCCAUGAAAAUCCAGUGCUUGGAGCUUUCUGCAGUUGCACUGCCCCUCUGUGGGCAGCUGCUCACAGGGGUGUUCAGCAAACUUCCAUCACGCGUUGCUGUUUGUUCACCUUUUCCAUCUCACUGCUGGGAGCAUGAGGGGGUGAUGGCAAAAUGCCCACCUCAAUAAUCAUACAAGCCCUUCAUUUAACAAAACUGAAGUUGCCCUCUGGAAGCUGUUUUUAUCCUCUUUAGCAGGGGAAUGGUGUUUGAAUACAAACGUGAGGUCACAGAGGAAGAAAUCCUCCCCUGGCGCCUUCUUUGUAAGAAACCAGAACUGCUUAAAUCUUGAUUUUGGCUCCUUGUGCACCCAGAACUCUUGUGUGAAUUAUAAAACAUUCAGAGGACUCAAGACAGGCUUAAGAACACUUUUACUCACGUUAUCCUUCAUGAGUAACGUGCCGUGCAUGAGCUUUGGCUUCUUGGCAUCUGGUACAGGACCUAACCCAAGGCCAGGGGAAAGAAAAGACCAGUUAACAAUGAGGUGCUGAAUUUUCCCAUUAAACAGCUGCUCUAGGACUCAACAGAUGGACCUCUGAGGCCCUCAUGAGGUUCAGACACUAAAAUUUUUCACCUUUCUCCUGCUAAGUGCAUUCAUGGUGCUCAACCAUCAUCAGAACUCCUGACACAUAAGAAACCACGUCUAGUUUACAACACAGAACAACUGCCUCUCUUCCCAGAGCACAUCCUGAUUUGAGAGGGUUUAGAUUAUUUUUUUUUUUCAACUUGAUUUUAUAAAAAUAACUCCAGUUUUCCCAAACCUAGCUGGUAAAAGCACAGGUGAGUUUUUUGUUACCAUAGUGAACGAACAACAAAGUGGCAAACAAGGCAGCGUGCCGGAGUUUGUUUUUAAACAUUAUUAUAUUCGCAGCAUUCUGCCUCCUGCCAGCACAGGAGCAGGGCCUGAAAGAGGGAAUUUUGUGGUUGGAAGAGUCACCUAUUGCUGCUUCUCUCUUGAGGAGGCCCAGGGAGAUGUCCACGGGGAUGCAGGGGUUGGUGAAGAUGGUGGUGGUCUCUCCGUUGGCGGGCAUGUAACAGCUGACAUCUGCAAUGGGAGCAGCCCCUGUCAGGCCUGUGGCAGCAGGAAAUGCUGCACCACAACCAAACCACUUCACUUCCAGUCCAAAGGACCGUUAAAAUUAACUGGGCUUAGUUAACAUGUUAAUUAAGACGUUACAGGCACCAGUUUUUGAGGGUGCCUGUAAAUUCCAUCAGACCUAACCCUGCUGAGGGCCUGUGGAUUAAACACGUGACCUUCAGUGCUCUGCUGCCAUUCCCUGCUCAGCACCAACACACACAGGAUACCUACGGAAUUCCUGCUCUAUUUUCUGCUUCAGGAACUCCAUUUUCUUGGCUUCCCCGUGGACCAGGAGCACGUUCCGAGGCUCAGCCUGGCGGAUGAGCUGCAUGAUCCCCUUGGCAUCUGCGUGGGCACUGAAGGACAUGUACUCCACCUGCAUCUUCACUUCCAGCUGGGGAGGAGCAGAAAGCACGGGAUUUGGGAAUUGGGAAUGGCUUUGGCUCACUGCAGCUUGUAUAACACACACAGGACAGACCCAGACUCCUCUCUAGUUAAAGGAGGAAGGAGAACACCUAAAUUGCCUUAAAGAAAAGCUUUCAGUAACUUAUGGCCUCAAAUUCCCCAAUGCCAAAACAAAUCAAUACUUAAGGACAACUGGUAUCAUUUUAUUAUCCACAUCUGCUUAAAAAUGCAACAUUUUUACCUAUUUGACUAACAGGGCUUUGUUAUUAAACAUUAUAAAUGUACCCCGUUAAUGGCAGAAGACAACAUGGCAAAGAGGAAAAAAAUGAGUACAAAUCCAAAAAAAAAAAAAGUUACUUUGAGGCAUUUUCAGGGUUGGGUGCAGCCUAAUCCAUUGUGUGUAACUACCACCUUAAGUUUUGAAGGAUUUCCCCCCAAAUGACCCUUCCCUUGGACUGGAAAAUCCAACUUACAAUUUGUCUGCCCUCCAUCUCCAGCUUGCGCUGCCCGCUGAGGAUCUUGUGGCCCACAGUGCCCUGCACGCAGUAUCCAGGCAUGAUCACCUGGGAGGGAAAACCAGGAAUGUCACCCAACUGCCCCUGCCCUGGGCCUGGCCCAGCCCUCAACAUCCAAACCAGCCACAAAUGCACAGUUUGGGUGAGCUCUGCCCCGGGCUGGGUCAUGACAGAACUCGUGGCAUUUAAACCCCAGAGGCCGAGGAAAAGCUCUCCUGCAACCUCUGCCCACUGGCACAGCAACAGAAAGCAUCACUCAAGGGAACAGUUUCUUACCAUAUUCUUUUCAUUCCCUGCCCACUUCCUGAAGAUCUGAAGGGACUGUCCUGCGUGAAGCAUUCCAGGGGUUGCAAACACCACCUGGAAUUCAAGGAUACACCGUGAAUCAUCACAGAAAACAAUUUUUCCAUUACUUAUAAUAUAAUAAUAUUCUAAAUCUGCACAGAAAAUCCCCCCAUGCCCAUUACAGACACUCCAUCAAAUGGGGAUUUUUGCUAUUUUAUUUUUUUCCCCACCUUGUCUAAUUUUCACAGGAGCUGAACUGCUGUUUUAGGAAACACCUGUGAGCAGUGUCUGCUGAAAACUCUGAAUGGUUUUAUAAUGAUAACUAAUAAACCAGUCAGAAAUAAAACCAGCAAUGCAAGAUUGUGCUGUAAAGGAUCUGUCACCUGAGCUACUUACAGAAUAUACUGCAAAGAUGAUGGUUUGAAUCAUGAUGGAUCUAUCAGAUUCAGUUUGAACCCAUCAGAUGUGAAUCAGAUCUGAAUCUAUCAGAUCUAUCUGAUUAUCAGAUCUGAGUCUAUGAGAUGUACAGAUUAUAAUAGAGAUGCAAGCUUUUAAUU